AUGCGACGCUAUACGAUAGACUGGAUAAUUGAAAGCGCUUAUCACGACUCAAGGAGUGUCAGUCCAGUCAAUCCAGAGCAUUGUACCACAGAUUUCGAAUACGCUGAUGAUUUAAUCCUUUUUGCUGAUAGUUAUGACGAAAUGCAAGUAAUGCUAAAUAAGGUGUCAGAUACUGCAGUUCAACAAAGUCCAAUUCAACAAUAG